AUGCCGGGCACAUACGGGCUCACCGGACGUCAGCUUGACAGCUUCAACGAAUUUCAAACGUACAACUAUUCAGACAGUCAUAUGGACAGAUUCAGUGGCCUUCCGAACAGUGAGAGUCCGGUCACAUCCACGAACUCGUACGUAUACAACUAUUCAGACGAUUGUGAGAGCAGUAACGCCUCAAUGUCACCAAAUGGUGACAAUCGUGCAUUUGCUUCCCAAAAUGGCCACCUAAAUGUAGGGCAAUACGAUGAAGCAGAAAGGAGCUACAUAAAUGGACAUUCUUUAACUUCCAAUGGAACUUUCGCUGUGUCGCAACCACUGUCUUCUUCAUUUAUGGAGCCGAGCAGUCGAGGCCAGGAAAAUCGACAAAAGGAGAUGUCGCCAAAAUACUCACGAAAUGGUGCUACGGAACGUGAACGAAAUAGGAUGCAUAUGUUAAAUGAGGCAUUUGAAGAACUCCGGAAGGUAGUGCCGAAGUCGAACCUCAGUGAACACCAGAAACUGUCAAAAAUUGCCACACUGAAAUUGGCCAUUCAUUACAUAUCAGCGCUGGCGAAUAUUUUACGUAGCAACGGCGAGGAGAUUAAGCUUGUGUCGUGUACGUCCCAUGAUGGGCGGAGGGGACGCCGGAGGAGGUAUAACAAGAGAAAGGCAGACGACACACCAGGGCAGGACAAGAAACAGAAGAUUAGGGAAGUGGAAGAGCCCGGAGAGAAGAGCCGUUAA